ACUGCCCCGUGCGCUGAUAAAAAAAAAAUCAAUCCAUCGGUUUGGUGAUAAUAUUCUUCUCCACGAGCUGCUGCUAAUCGGUUAAUCGCUUCCUUGCUUGGAUCGCACAGCAAAAUAAUUAGGGCAGCUAUAUUGCCUUUUCUCUUGCUUGCGACAGCAGGAAUUGUAGGACGAUUAAUCUUGGCUAAGCUGGUCUCGUGAUCGAUUCAUAAUCGUCAGCGUACGGCGGUAUAAAGCGGCCGGGGGAAAGGCCGGCUUCGCCUCCCCUUUCCUCCAAUUCUCAUCGCCAUCGAUGCCGCUCUUCUGCAAGCACGGCGCCGGCUUUCUUGCCGUCGCCGUGUCUACAUCCAUCGUCUUCCUCCUCCUCCUUCACGCCUUCUCGCUGCCGGCCUCGGCGCUCUCCUUCGGGCUAGCGCGCCGCCACCGGAAAGACGCCGCCGUGAGCUGCGACGUCUUCAGCGGCAGCUGGGUCCGCGACGACGGCGGCGGCGGCGCGGCGGCGUACACCGGGUACAACUGCCCGGUCAUCGACGCGGAGUUCAACUGCCAGCUGUACGGCCGGCCGGACUCCGACUACCUCCGGUACCGGUGGAAGCCGGCCGGCUGCGAGCUACCCAGGUUUGAUGGCGCGGACUUCUUGACGCGGAUGAAGGGGAAGACGGUGAUGUUCGUCGGCGACUCGCUGGGCCGGAACCAGUGGGAGUCGCUCAUCUGCCUGCUGCACGCCGCGGCGCCGCAGUCGCCGGCGCAGCUCGUCUCCGUCGACCCUCUCUACACGUACAAGUUCCUGGAGUACGGUUUGGUGGUAUCGUUCUACCGCGCGCCGUACCUGGUGGACAUCGGCGUGGCUCAGGGGAAGAAGGUGCUAUGGCUGGACGACAUCUCCGGGAACGGCGAGGCGUGGCGCGGCGCCGACGUGCUCUCCUUCAACUCCGGCCACUGGUGGACGCACACCGGCACGCUCCAGGGGUGGGAUUACAUGGGCGCGGACGGGCGGUACUACGAGGACAUGGACCGGAUGGUGGCGUUCCAGCGCGGGAUGGCAACCUGGGCCAACUGGGUGGACGCCAACGUCGAUCCAGCCAAGACCCGUGUCUUCUACCAGUCCAUGUCCCCCACACACUACAGCUCGAAGGAGUGGGCCAACCCGGUGUCGAAGAACUGCUACGGCGAGACGGCCCCGGCGGCGGCGGCGGCGGCGGGGCUGAACGCGACGACGGCGCAGGCGACGUCGGGGCAGGACCAGGUGAUACAGGCCACGCUGCGGUCGAUGAAGAGCCCCGUUCGCCUCCUCGACAUCUCGGCGCUGUCGGCGCUGCGCAAGGACGCGCACCCGUCGGUGUACAGCGGCGACCUCUCGCCGGCGCAGCGCGCCAACCCCGGCGGCGGCUCGGCGGACUGCAGCCACUGGUGCCUCCCCGGCCUGCCGGACACGUGGAACCAGCUCUUCUAUGCGCUUCUCUUCUACCAAUAGCUGUAGCCUGUAGGCAGUUAAUUUCGUUUUUUUUUAUAUCGCUCGGUGUAACAAUCUUCAGAGUGAAGGUGAGGAGGCGUGGUGACAGUAGGCACACAUGGAUGAGACUCUGAGAAGAAUCAAGAAUGUACAUUGAUUGAUCAUGCGCUGCCAAAUUGCAGUUGCAGUGUACACGGUUGUACUAUGAUCUGUCUGUGAUCUGUCGCUAAAUACUCUGAUAAUUGUGACUCUGGUACCCACAUCUAAACAUCUUUGAUAACCUUGCA